AUGGAGCUUAUGAUAAACGAAAAGGAGAUGGGAUGGUGGGGCGACGCGAUGUUCAACCCCACCAUUGGUCUAAAACGCAGAGGGAGCAAGGGUCGUAUUGGGAAGGGACUUGCGGAGGAGGAAUCCCUGGCUCAUGUACAUACUCUCUUGGAGGUAGGGAGGUCUGUGAAGGAGGACUUCAUGUCCUCUGUCAACCCGAGGGUGGCGUGCUUGAGCCAAUUGAUAAAUCAAACCAAGCAGAUCAUGACACCGAUUUUCCAUAUCAAUCUUGCGUACGAGACACUGUCGUGUAGGCUGGCUAUGGGAGCUGUCGGUACCGCCUGGGAGGUGGACGUGUCAUACAGAGACAGCCACGGCUUGAUCGACAGUCAUGUUACCUCCCUGCUCGCCUCAGAGGACGGGACCAAGAGCGUCGAGGUUGCCAAGCUACGUGUGGACAAGGCGUAUGACACGGAAGGUGUGCAUGUGGAGGACUGCCUGGUCGAAGCAGAGGGGAAGGAUUAUCGAAGUUUUGCUGUGGAAGGAAAAUCGGACGACGUCAAGAGGUUUCUAGCCACCCAUCCCGUGGGGCAAAAAUUGUAUGCGCAGGCAACGGCGGACGUUGGGGCGAUAUUGCAUGGCUAUCCCGGCUUUGUCUGGGACGAGAAGAUGGGCAUCAAAACGAUUUAG